UCAUGUCAGAAAUGUCUGGGGCAGAAAAGUUAUCAAAGAUGGUUUCAGAAUGGGGAGUAAUAAUAAACAUAUUGCUUAUAGGCCCAUUUGUAAAAUGUCAGUAACUUAAUUGAAGGGUGAUUAUAUGGUCUACUUUCUGGUAAAACAUCAGCUUGUGGGAUUUGAAACUAUGGUCCAUUAAGAGUUUGUUGUGUUUUUGUUUAUCUGAAGAGGGUUGUUUAAAAAAAGAAAAGCAACUAUUGUUAACUUUCCCACUCUGAUUCUUUUUCUUUUCCUUCUUUUCUUUCCUUUUUUUUUUUUUUUUUUUGAGAGUCUCGCAGGGUCCAGCCCAUCUCGCUUCUGAUUGGCCGCCUCUCUCUCCACGCCUGCCUUAUUAUAGCCCUGCACUCCACUUUGGUCACAUAAACAUGAGGAUACCGUCACCUUAGGACGCACCACAUUAACUUUGUGUAACCCUUUCUACUAUACCCACGAGAGUCAACUAGUCAAUCUCACCCGUGCCAGUCGGACCUGUAUGGCCCCAUCGAUCGCCAUGUCAGCUUUGACCGCUGGUUUGAAAACCGAAGAUCUUCCUCCCCGCUCGGUUCUCGUCAGCAGAGGAGACAUGCAGACCAGUCUGAGCCCGGCAGAAGAGACUGGGAAGCCCAAAGUUGCUAUUUUGCCCUUCAGUGUCGAGGCACUGAUGGCUGAUAGGAAACCAAGCAGAGAGGUGGCAUCCCCUGAUGCCACGUCCGUUCCCGGGACAUCCCAGCUGCUGGGGAAGGGAGCAAGGAUGGGUGCUUUCGGUAGUCUGGAUACUUCAGUUCCUGGUUUAGGCAUGAGUUCCUCGUUUUCAGUGGGCGACAUCAUGAACAUGCCAGAAGACGUGUUGAUUAAACCCGAGAGCCCGGACAGUAAAGAGAGGACUUCAUGGAUACAGAGUCCUCGUUUUUCUCCCACACCUCCACGAAGGUUGAGUCCUCCUGCAUGUCCACUGCGAAAACACAAGACGAACAGAAAGCCCCGGACCCCCUUCACGACGUCCCAGCUGCUGGCCCUGGAGAGGAAGUUCCGUCAGAAGCAGUACCUUUCCAUCGCCGAGCGCGCAGAGUUCUCCAGUUCCCUCAACUUGACGGAGACCCAGGUCAAAAUCUGGUUUCAAAACAGGAGAGCCAAAGCCAAGCGGCUGCAGGAGGCAGAACUUGAAAAACUGAAAAUGGCAGCUAAGCCAAUGCUGCCACCAGCUUUCGGGAUUUCCUUUCCUCUCGGUGCGCACGUCCCCGCGUCCUACGCUGGGUCACACCCGUUCCAGAGGCACUCGCUGCCGGUUUCCCCUGUGGGACUGUACGCCGCUCACGUCGGAUACAGUAUGUACCACCUCGCUUGACAGGGACGGAGGGACGAGGGGCACGCGCAGUGGGACACAAGGGGGUUCAGACUACUUAAGUGAGGGCCCCGAGCGAGAGGGGGUCCUUCGGACAGUCGAGGUGACACUGUACUAAAUAAAAAAGCAUCCUGGCGGUGGGCUCAGUGUCACAUCUUUUCAGGGGGCCAAGACCUCCAAACAGACCCCCUUCUGAGGACCUUGAAGUUUAUCCACUUCUCUUGACCUCGCCAGUAAGUUCACACACUGCAAAAAUAAUCCAGCUUCAUUAGUCAUUUAAUCUUGAGUUUGUUUUUGUCAGUGGAAUUUGCUAAAGAACGCAAUGAUGUUAGACAUUUUUAUUCAGAAAAAAUGUGAGAGUGUGAGACUAAAUGACUUUAAGAUGGACAUUUUUGCGGUGCAGAGGUGGAAAAACGAUGUAGUGCCUGUAGGCCUAUGAUAUAUCACGACUGGACUGUCAAGUAUGGACACUGGGCUGUGCCACAGUGUGUCAAAGAUAGCCCACUCCUCUAUCUUGGUUGCUUACAGCAGGUAACGAGCUCCUAUGAGCAAGACAGAGACUUUUGCGCAGUUUGACAUUUUGGGGCCAACAAAUAUGUUGGGCAUUACAUGUGUGGGCUGUUGUCACACUGCAAAAAAAACAAACAAACCAUACUUUCUCAUUCUUUGCAUUCAUAUCAGUGCGUAACUAUAGUGGGUUACCGAAUCCAGUGUCAAUAAAUGCUCUUUGUGAAUUUGGAGAACCACAGCAUUUGCUUUUAUAACAGCACUGUCUGUUGUUGGAAUGAUUCCCUUCGGAAGGGAUAUGUGUACUGUAAAAUAAUGUAUAUUUGAAGAAUAUCCUCAUUUAUAUUAUGAAUAUAUUUGUGACAUAACUUAACAAUAAAUUGUUUAUUCUUUUUCAU